AUGGUCUCUAUCCUCCAAGUUGUUCGUUUUGUGCUCGGGUUCACUUCUGCACAGUGGUCCCCAGGUCUACAGUCACAGCAUGACGCUUCCAAGUCCAUCGCCAUAAUAGGAGCAGGUAGUGCAGGACUUGCGUCCCUAAAGACCCUUCUGGAUUUGCCUCCUGAAAUACGCGAAUCAUGGGAUAUAGUUCUCUACGAGCAGCGAGAAGACGUUGCAGGCGUUUGGCUCCCCGACCCGCACCCCGUGCAACCCCCCAAGAUACCGUUUAGUCCAUUAUAUCCACUGUUGCACACAAAUACACCCGUCCCCUCUAUGACGUACCCGAGCUUCCCAUUCCCUCCCGGGACGCCUCUUUACCCAAGUCAUGAACAUAUCCGAGCGUAUCACUCCCGUUAUGCUUCUCACCACAAUCUUCUACCGCAUAUCAAGUUCCAUCAUACUGUGAUUCGUGCAGAAUGGGUCGGGGAUGGUCAAGACGGACUCUGGAACAUUACAGUGUCCGACCGCGCAAACAGAACGCAUAUUUCGACAGCCAACCACCUCAUUGUCGCCUCUGGAAACCACCAUAUUCCUCGAACGCUCAGCUGGCCAGGACAGAAAGAGUGGCUAAAAGGCAUUUCUGCACGCGGGGAUCGCAGAGAAAUCACGCAUUCUGUCUACUACCGAAGUCCUGUAAAGUAUACGGGUCGGGUUCUGCUCAUCAUUGGCAGUGCUGCAAGCGCCCAAGACGCCGCUGUCCAAACCGUUAACUACACGCAGAGGACUUAUCUAUCUGCCCGGCACGAAGUGAUCCUUCCUCCUGGAAGUGAUGAGGUCGUCGUCGUCCCGGAUGUAUCGCAUUUUACACCUAAUAGUGUCGUGUUCGUGGAUGGGACUGAGCUCUCCGACAUCGAUUCCGUUUUGCUCGCUACCGGCUAUGUCCAAAGGAAACCGUUCCUGGAAGCCGGUGGGGUCAUCACUGUGGACCCCCAGACCACUUCGAACUCCAGUUCGUCCGGAACCUUGACCACGAAUCUACGAUACAUCUUCCCCCUUCAUCGGCACAUCCUCUCACUCAGCCCCGAGCAUCCGACCAAUGCCCUUGCAUUCAUUGGAUUGCCUACUAGGAUCGCCAAUUGCCCGUCCGACAUCGCUCAAAGCUUAUUCGUAGCCCACGCGAUCGUCAACCCAUCGAUUCUUCCCGACAGGAAGGAACUCCUCAAAGAUUUGACACAACGUGAAGAACAGCAGCGACGCCAUGGUUAUGACCCCUACACAUUUGGUCACGCAAUGCUCGACGAGAGUCCAAGUGAUUAUCAAGAUUCCCUGGUGAAAUUCUUGAAGGAAAAGGGAGCCAUGCCCGAUGACGGGAAACCCUAUGUGGAGCGAUGGAGAAGGGAUAUCUUUAGUUACGCGUACCUCAAGCGCGGAUGGAAGAGGAUCGAAACAUUGGGAGAAGUGGGAAAAUGGCUGGAAGGGGUUGAAACCGAGGAGAAUUGGUCUGAACUUAUGUCGCGUGUUAACUCUUGGCAACAACAAUACGAGGAGGAAAGGGGGAUCCCUUUUGUGCAUGAUUUGGUGAUUGGGGGCUAG